UAGCAAUUUCAAGACUUUGAGAAUCCCAAAGGCGAUUACAAUGAUAUCCCUAUUGAUUUGCUUGGAGUCUCGGACUUGAAAAUGUCAGAGUGGCGACACAAUGCUGCCGAAAUAGACCAGUAUGGCUACAGCACGGGAAUAAACUGUGAACCGUCCAACUUUAUCGGUAACAACACGGGGCUUCAACGGAUCGCAAACUCAAAGUGCCCAAAUAUGUUCAGCGAUCCAAUCCAAUCACUACCCCUCGAAUUCUCAGAGACAGACCUCUCUGCUAACCCGAUGGCGAGGUUCUGUUAUGAUCAAGGCCCUUGGAAUUCUCAUCAGGUUUCGGCUGGCAGCAGUGCAGCCUAUCCUCCCCAAAGUUCUUAUGUUUAUCCACUCCCGGCACGAGGACCGAAUUUCGCCGUAGGCAACUAUCGCUCUGCUCCUGUCUCAGAGCCCGAGAGCAAUGCCACCGCAAAUAUGCUUUCAGAUUCUGGCUAUGGGACCAAAACCUUCAGCACCGUCUCUGCCUUGAGUCAUCAGAUGACUGAAACAAACACAGAGUACCUGUCCCUACAACAUCAAUUGCAUAAUCUCCAACCGUUUGCUGUGCCGCAGCACCAACCCCACGUCACUGGACCUUUUGACAUAGCAAAUCCUUUCGAGAAUAACCUCAAAAGCUUGCCCGAUCCCAUCCCUCAACCUACCCAUCAAUGUCCCUAUUGUGAGAUGAGCUAUAGAUGUGCUUCUGAACUCAAGAAGCAUAUUCUCAAACAUGAAAAGAAUUACAAGUGCAGGGAGCCUGGCUGCAAGAGAAAUGAAGGUUUCAGCACACCGAACGAUUUGGAACGACAUAAGAAGACUGUGCAUCAUAUCUUCCCACGGAAUAGCACGACGAAAAUGUAUCGGUGCGUCGCCGAAGAUUGCAAAGUAAACGGAAACAUUUGGGUCCGACCGGAUAACUUUCGUGCACAUGUAAGGCGCAAGCACGGUGAAGACAGAUUGCAGGAAUUGAUGAGACUUGGCGAAUGCUAUGAUGCUGUACCAAAUCAGUCCACCAAUUCCAGCAUUGUCGACCAAUAUGAUCAUUACGAGGAGUGGUUAGAUGCUCCUCAAGCUGUGAACACCAAAAACUGGCGUCAGGGGAAUGUGACAAAUUGGGAAUAUAAACGGGCCAUACCAUCCGACUGACCAAGUAGCGUCUGCGAUCGAAUACGUGCUCAGGGAUGGCGGUCACACCUUAGCUAGUCUCCUUGAAAGCACGCAAGAUACCCAGGAAGACCGAGGGAGCGUCUCGUCCUCAUCUUGUUCCACUGUUGUUGGCCCAACCACGGCCCUAAAUCCAGAAAUUUUAAAAGCGUCAUCUGAAUCCGUGCCGUCGCAAGCGCUGAGGACAUAUCUCCCGCCACGGGCUAGACUAAAGAGCACGGUUCAAACACCCCUGGGAACUCUCUUGAAGGACAAGGGAGAUCAUAUCUCAGGGGAUG